AUGAAUGAAGAAGGGGAUGAAGAUGAAGGUGAAAUGAGUGUGAAGGGUGAGGAGGAGGUAGAUUACGAAGCAGGGUAUUCAGAAGUUGAAGAUAGUAGAGAUAAUGAGGAGGUCUGUACCGAGGAGGAUGAUGAAUACUCUAAUGAGAAGGAUGGUGAAGAACAUGGAUCAGAUGAACCAUUUAAAGUAAAGAAGGUAAAUAAAAGUGGGGUGAAUAAGAAAUCUGCCUAUGUAAUAACGUGCGAUAAGUGUAAUGAGCAGUUUGUCUCCAGGAAAAAGUAUGUGGAUCACUGCAGAGAUGUCCACCAGUGCUUGCCUGGUAAAGUCUAUCAGUGUGACAUCUGCAGCAAGUCGUUUGCUAGUUACAACAGCUGGAAGGAGCAUCGAGCAUGUGUCCACACUGAAGAAAGGCAGUUUGCCUGCACCCUUUGCAAUGCUACUUUUAAAAGAAAGAGAGAUGUGAGGACACAUUAUAUGAGGAAGCAUGAAGGCAGAGUCAAACGCCCUCUCUGCUCUGUCUGCGGGAAGAUCCUCAGCUCCCGAACGGCACUUGUGUUUCAUAUGCGGACGCAUACAGGAGAAAAACCUUAUGAAUGUGGCAUUUGUCACUCAAAAUUUGCUCAGCCAUCGCAACUUAAGAUCCAUACCAGGUCCCAUACUGGGGAAAAGCCAUAUAUUUGCGAGGACUGUGGGGCUUGCUUUGCUGAUAAAGGCAAACUCACUGGCCACAAAAGGACCCACACAGGAGAGCGCCUUUUUAAAUGUGAUGUGUGUGGAAAGCAUUUUGCCACCAACGAAUAUUUAAAAUGCCAUAAACGAUGCCACAUGGGUGCUAAACCCUACAAAUGUGAGGUUUGUGGGAAGACGUUUGGACUGAGAGCCUCGCUAGCCCAGCACAGUAACGUCCAUGCAGAGACCCGUCCGUAUUUCUGUGAGCAGUGUGGGAAAACGUUCACCCAACAGGGCGCUCUCCGGCGCCACCAGCGCAUUCACACCGGGGAAAAGCCGUACAAGUGCAGAGCUUGCGAGAGAACCUUCACGGACAUGUCCACCUUGCGCAGACAUGUGUCGAUUCAUGACCGGAAUGCUCACUGGAGAAGUUUCUUGAUAGAUCUUACAACCAAAAAAGACCACAACUGGUCCAAAAUAGAAACGUUCUCGGAAGCCUGUAUGGGUGAAGACUCUGCGCCGGAAAUUUGGUCGGUUGACCGAGGUAAACUUUAUAAACCAGAAAGCCUUUUUGCAGAGAGAAGAAAGAUGGAAAGUAAUGCAGUUUUACUGGAAUCCAAGUCCUCUCCUAUCAACCUUCUGAAUGAAAUGCAUCAGCUGCGUCUCCUGGGCCACCUCUGCGACGUGACUGUCAGCGUGGAGUAUCAAGGUGUCAGGGCAGAGUUUGUUGCUCACAAGGCUGUACUAGCAGCAACAAGCAAAUUUUUCAAAGAGGUGUUCCUUAAUGAGAAGGGCAUGGAUGGCCCAAGGACCAAUGUGUUCUUGAAUGAGGUCCAGGUUGCUGAUUUUGCUUCAUUUCUUGAGUUUGUCUACACUGCUAAGGUAGAAGUAGAAGAAGACAGAGUGCAGCGCAUGCUAGAAAUAGCUGAAAAGCUGAAGUGCUUGGACCUCUCGGAAACCUGCUUUCAGUUAAAGAAGCAGAUGCUUGAAUCGGUGCUUUUGGAGUUGCAAAAUUUCUCUGAAUCACAGAACUCUGAGGAAGAGAGCAAUACACAGCCAAGCAUUUUGCUUGAGUCCAAAACAGCUACUGUGGCGGAAACUGACCAGGCAGACUGUCCUGUGGAUCCUUCAGAUUCCCCAGCAGACAGGCCCAGCAAUGGAGUGUCUCCUGAGAUGCCAGCUACCAAACCAAAAGAGAAAAUGGACAAAAAGAAGGAAAUGAUGAAGCCUCCUUAUGCUAAAAUCAGAAGGGCAAGUGGGAGACUGGCUGGGAGGAAAGUAUUUGUGGAAAUCCCGAAGAAGAAAUAUACGAGGCGGCUGAGAGAGCAGCAGAAGAAUGCAGAGGUUGCUGUUGAAGAGAACAAAUAUCCUCAAGACCAGGAUAUGUGUGAUAUGGAGAGGGAGGAGGAGCAAGUGGAGAACGACAUUAAACCUGAAAGUGAAGAGUGUGAUGGCAACUUCGAAUCAGAAGAAAACCUGAAAAAAUCUGAAGAAGAUAAAAAGAAACGAGGCAGUAACUUCAAGUGCAGCACAUGUGAAAAAGAGUUCCUGUAUGAGAAAAGUUUUCUCAAGCACAUAAAGCACAGCCACGGCAUUGCAGCCGAAAUCAUUUAUAGGUGUGAAACCUGCAGUCAGACCUUUGCCAACCGGUGCAACCUAAAAAGCCAUCAGCGCCAUGUCCACAGCAGCGAGCGCCACUUCCCUUGUGAGCUCUGCGGUAAGAAGUUCAAGAGGAAGAAGGACGUCAAGAGGCACAUUCUUCAGGUUCAUGAGGGUGGUGGGGAGCGUCAUCAGUGCCAACAGUGUGGAAAGGGGUUGAGCUCCAAAACUGCCUUGAGGCUCCAUGAAAGGACGCAUACAGGCGACAAGCCUUAUGGGUGCACAGAGUGUGAGGCUAAAUUUUCUCAGCCUUCUGCACUUAAAACACACAUGAGAAUCCAUACUGGUGAAAAACCUUUUGUCUGUGAUGAAUGUGGUGCCAGGUUCACUCAGAAUCACAUGCUUAUCUAUCACAAACGAUGUCACACAGGGGAAAGGCCUUUUAUGUGUGAAACCUGUGGGAAGAGCUUUGCCUCUAAGGAAUACUUGAAACACCAUAACAGAAUCCAUACUGGAUCCAAACCAUUCAAAUGUGAAGUUUGCUUCAGAACGUUUGCACAGAGGAACUCUCUGUACCAGCAUAUAAAAGUUCACACAGGUGAACGACCCUAUUGCUGUGACCAGUGUGGUAAGCAGUUCACACAGCUGAAUGCGCUGCAGCGUCACCAUCGAAUACACACCGGGGAGAAGCCGUUCAUGUGCAAUGCCUGUGGGCGAACUUUCACUGACAAGUCCACCCUCCGACGACACACUUCGAUACAUGAUAAAAACACACCCUGGAAGUCCUUCCUUGUCAUUGUCGAAGGAGCAUCUAAGAAUGACGAAGGUCACAAAACAGAACUCCCUGAUGAAGAAUAUGAUGUGUCACCUAAAAUACCAGAGAAGCUGCUGUCUUUCUCUGAAAACAGCCACUAUCAAAACUUGACUGCUGUCCCGGGGAGCGUGACUGCACUGCAUGACAAUGGUUCUGCCACGGGAACAGACUGUAAGUCAGAUGGGACUCCGGGACCCCAGGAAGCCCUUAUAGCUACCACUUUAAGUGAGCUGACAGUGCUGCAUACACAGACAGACUCUAUUCAGCCACAGCUUCAUGCUCUGGUGAAUAUGGAAUAAUUGGGUAUUUACAAAUCCAGUUUAAGCUGCAUCCUUUGUAUAGCUAUUUGACUUUGCCAAUAACCUGCUGAGGGAACUAGGAGAAGCUAAACAAGGAAGCAGGGCUAGACAUUGAAGACACGCACUGGAUUUCCAG